AUGGGAAGUAUCGGCGAAACCUCGGUGCUUGGAAUUAAAUCCCCCCAUGACCUCCUCAAAGAUUCCUGGUGUCAGAUACUCAGUCUAGACGAUGAAGAUGUUGAACCCGACUCCAACUUCUUUGCCCUAGGUGGAGAUUCUAUAGAUGCCCUAAAAGUAGCGCGGCUGGUACAGCAAGCUGGGAUAGCCCUGAAUGUGAAUCUCAUGCUUCGUCAUCCCCAAUUCUCCGAGAUGGUAAAAGCUGUUUUGGAACAAUCACUACAAAAAGUGAAAGUAAUCGAACGCCCCGAAAACGUGGUCUCUACCCGGUUCAUUCAAAUUCCGGAAUCCCGGCAGCACGAGGUGCUUUCAUCAGCGGUGCAACAAUGUAACAUUUCCGAGUCGGAGGUAGUGCGCCUAUUUCCCUGCACACCGAUGCAGACGGGCCUUGUGGUCCUCACAGCUCAACAGCAUGAUUUAUAUUGGGCCCAACAAAGCUUUGAAUUGCCGAGUGACUGGCCACUUGCUCAAGUAGAGGCUGCUUGGAAAAGAGUAGUCGAGGCGAAUGAAGCACUUCGCAGCCGGAUUAUACAGCUGUCUGAUGGUACUUGCUAUCAAGUGGUACUCCACUCGGAAACCGGCACAUUAAAUGAAGAGGUCAAAGGCGGUAAUAGCAAUCCCCCAUUUGGAGAGCCUCUAUUCUAUUGUUGGAUAGAGCAAGGGCGACUUAAAUGGCGUGUCCACCAUGCUGUUUACGAUGCGUGGUCGCAGCGGUUGAUAUUUAACGCGUUGGUAGAUGCCUAUCAAGAUCCAAACAAUCCAAAAAUCGUUCACCCUCCCUUCUCAUCCUUUGCUGGAUAUCUGGCGCAGAUGGAUUUGACUCAGUCUAUGAGCUUUUGGCGCCAGAAUUUACAUGGCUUUGAAGGACAGGCGUUUCCCCGGCCCCUAGCAAGGGACGAGCCACGAGAUCAGGCUCAUUUCUCGAUGGAAUCUCCAUGGAGCCAGAAUCAGCAUCAUCUCGGGUUCACCGCCGCAACGGCCAUACAGACAGCAUGGGGUAUUGUUCUUGCCCGCUAUAAUGAAGCUUCCGAUGUUAUUUUUGGGGUGGUAAGCAUGGGAAGGAGCGCCUCAAUUACGGGUGAAGAUGUCGCCCGUAUCAUCGGCCCAACAAUUGCUACUAUUCCCUUUCGUUUGCAACUGGAGGAAUCUACCACCGUGAAUGAAUCUUUAUCGGCUACACAGUCGCAAUAUGGAGACUGUUUACCUUAUGAACAUGUUGGUUUGGCACACAUUUCCUCCUUGGGGGAUUCCGGACCAGCCCAAGCCUCCCGCUUCCAAAGUCUUUUGGUGAUACAGCCCGAUGAAGUCGAUGACAGCCCUAUCAAUGAGAUAAUGGAUGACCGACGAGAUGAUUAUAUGGAAUAUCCUCUGUCACUAGAAUGUUUUCUCGGCUCAAAUUCAAUUCGCCACGUGAUCACUUAUAGCAAGGCCAUCAUGGGGCAAUGGGAAGCGGAACGACUCCUCGAAAAAUUUAUUCAUGUGCUAAACUGGAUCCUACAGCCAUCAAAUCAAACAUCUCUUGUGUCACAACUAGACAUGUGGACCGCAACUGAUGCUAAGAUCAUGCGGCAGUGGCAUUCAACCCCUAUCGACUUGAUCGAGGAAUGCAUUCACACUUUGAUUGAGCAACGUUCAGUUUUGGGCGAGUGGGAAGAUAGCCCUGCAGUUUGUGGAUGGGAUGGCGAAUUUUCAUAUGGUCAACUGCUCUCAGUUUCGAAGCGGUUAGCUCAAAGCCUUCGUUUUGCUGGUGUGGGUCCAGAGGUUUUGGUGCCUAUAGCUCAUGAGAAGUCCUGCUGGACUCUGAUUAGUAUACUCGGAGUUCUUCAGGCGGGCGGUGCGUUUGUUCUGUUGGAUAGUGGACUACCGGUAGCUCGCAUGCAGACUAUGAUUUCGGUGGUACAAGCUCCCCUUAUUAUCUGCUCUGAAGCUCUUCAAUCCAAAGUGUCCGGUUUAGCCAGUCGAAUAUUCUGUCUGGAUUCUUUGAUGCGGAAAGAGCUCUUACAGGCGCAGCCCACGAACCAUACAGAUGCCUCCUUCUCCUCUGGUGUCGCAGCGAAUAAUUUAGCCUAUGCCGUUUUCACAUCUGGUACCACUGGGAUUCCAAAGGCCGUAGUGGCAGAACACCGUCAAGUUGCUACUGCAUUUCAUGCACAGGCCAUGCAGGGUAUGUUCCAGCGCAAUCGUCGUAUGUUGCAAGUUGCGACCUAUAGUUUCGAUCCAUCAAUUGCGGACAUGUUGGGACCACUGUUCGUAGGAGGAGUAGUGUGUAUCCCACGGGAAGAAGAGGUUCUCACCGCACUGGCCGGCGUUAUCUCUCGGUUUCAGGUAGAUGUGAUUGAUAUUACUCCAUCAGUGGCUAACAUGUUGGACCCACUCGAGGUUCCGAACUUGAAAGAGUUGCGACUAGGUGGGGAGGCUGUAACUGCGGCGCAGCUGAAGCGAUGGACCAGAAUGCCACAUUUUCAAUUCCACAACAGUUAUGGUCCCAGCGAAUGUUGUGUCACCGCGGCACUGACUCCACCGCUACAUCCUUCAGUAAAUCCCUUGAAUUUUGGUUCUCCUGUCGGUUGUCGCAUGGUGAUUGUGCAUCCCGACAAUUGCAGUCAGCUGGUGGCAUUAGGGCUUGUAGGAGAACUCGCGAUUCAAGGCCCUAUCGUCACUAGAGGAUAUCUGAAUAAUGCAGACGCUCAGAAAAGAGCAUUUGUUGAGGUAUCUCCAUUUAAAACUUUCUCGGAAGCUACACCACAAUGGGCGUCAAGAAUUUACUUGACUGGAGAUCUGGCUCGGUUUGCACCAGAUGGCUCUGUGAUUUUUGUUGGUCGCAAAGAUCAUCAGGUCAAGUUGAAUGGACAGCGUAUUGAGCUUGGAGAAAUUGAAGCUACUGCCACAAAAAUCGAAGCGUUGGAGGAGGCUGUCGUGAUGAUCAUCAAGAGCAAUGGUCGUGCAGAGCUAGUUCUGGUUGCUCAGUGGAAAAAAGAUUCAACAUCACAGCCAGAAGUUAUCCAAGACAGCAAGAUCAACAGCAUUAAUAGCUUGCAAGAGAUGAAAAUACUAAAUCUACCCGAUGUAUCUGCCAAUACCCUGCGGCAACUUGCCGCAAUGCUACCUCCAUAUAUGGUGCCGGCCGUUUGUCUCUUAACAGACCGUCUGCCUUUAUCACUGACUGGUAAGACGGAUCGUAAGGGACUUCAACAGUGGAUAGAACAACAAGAUCUCUCGCCUUGGCGAAGAACUAUUGCAACAGCUACAAUUCCAGCAUCUGAUACUGUAGCCCGACAACUUAGCGAGCUACUUGAACCUUUCUUACCGGAAGGGUCUAUUGAAGACCCAGAGAAUCCUCCUGAUUUCGCUCCCGUGUCAGCAGGACUAGACUCGAUUCGCAUGGUCUCAUUUGUGCGUGCGAUCAACCGUAACUUUGGCAUUCUCUUACCACUAAGUCGGAUACCUCGCACCAUGCUGCUUACUGAGCUGGCCAUCACAGUGAAAGAAUUACAGUCCCGGAAAGACACAAGUGAAGAACAAAUAACGGAUAGUGAAGAUGUUGAACCAAUGCUCCGCGAUCUUCAGAAGGGGAUCCCAGGCCAUUUUGCGCCUGGCUCCACACCUUCCAACGCUAUACACAACGUCUUUUUGACAGGGGCGACUGGAUACGUCGGGACUGCCAUUCUCCAAAGACUCCUGUAUACUCCUUCUCUCCAGAGAGUUUACCUUCUUGUUCGUGCAGAGGAUGAAGUCAUCGGACUCGAGCGCGUGCGCGCUGCAGCCAUCAAAGCCGGUUGGUGGAAUGAGACGCUACAUUCUUCCAAAAUCCAAGUCUGGGUAGGAGAUCUUUCCAAACCAAGACUUGGAAUUAAUAGCUCCCAGUGGGGACAGCUGGAAGGAUGUAACACAGCUACCAACACCUCUCAAAUUACUGGAAUCAUUCACAACGGAGCUCUCGUACACUGGCAGUACAGCUACUCUGAGCUCCGAGCAGCCAACGUAGAUUCUACCACACAAUUAGUAUCGAUAGUGACACGGAAUCCGCAUAUUGCUCGCUUUGAGUAUAUAUCCGGAGGUGCACAAUGGGAUCCAUCUGAAGAGGAGACUGUUUUUUCCACAACCACACUCCAGCGAAAGUUGCACGAGACAAAUGGUUACGGACAAUCAAAAUUGAUUGCCGAACAGGUCGUAGCAGCAACAGCAGCACUGCAAAAAUCAGAGGGAAUCUCAGGAAGUCGACUUGGCAUCCUGAAUCCGGCUUUAAUCAUUGGUGGCCCAAGCCAUGGUCAUGCAGCUAACCUCGAUGACCUGAUCUGGAGACUCAUUAGCGCGUGUGUACUCGUGGGCGAGUACUAUCCCGAGCCCGAGGAGUGGAUUUACAUUUCUAGGGCAGAAGAUGUUGCUGAGAUGACUGUAAAUGCCUUGAUUAACCCCACGGUGAUCAGGAAGCAAAGAAAAAUGCUGAACGGAAUUCGGGUAAGGACUUUUUGGGAGGCGGUCAAUGCUGCUCUUGAUACUCCCUUGAAUGCCAGCGAGACUUAUGCUGUCUGGCUUGGUAAGCUAAAUGGUUCUUUAUCCGAAUUUGGUGAUGGGCAUCCAUGUUGGCCUGUUAUAAAUGUCAUUGAGACGAUGGGCCCAGGACUCCUUAGCAGUCCGGCUCCUGUGUGGACUGAUGCUGAUGAUUGGGAAGAGAUGGAGCGGGUCAUGGCCCAGGCCGUUACGCUAAAUGUAAAAUACUUGCAAGACCUUGGGUAUCUUGGAAGGACUUGGUCUGGUAAAGAUUUUCCAGGGGGCUUUAGGAGGAGAGGUUGA